UCCACUGUGCACAGAGAAAGGGAGCCACACCACUGACCUUUUACUCGAUCAAUCACGUUCAAAGUAUUUUAGAAGUGUACAUUUUAUUUUGUCAGGCUAAUAAGGACAUUUUUGCAUGAGCUGACUUCUAACCUAGCUCGCGAUGUGCGUACAUUAAUCAAGCUUUGCUAUUAGAAACACAGAAACGACUGGACGCCUGCGGAGAGACCUACAACUCAGGUGCGCAACGGAAACACACUCAACGGUAAGAAGUCCCAGUGAAGGUCUACUGUAGCUUCUCCACUUAUUUUUGCGUUCCUUUAAGACUUUCGAUGGAAGUGAGCUGGACUUAAGGGACAGACCGGUGAAUGAGUAAAUCAAGAUUCAAGGAAUGGUUUUACCACUGACCAUGCAGUCACAACAGUGACCUCCAAACAGCUGGUGCCAGGACCUUUCUGACCAUCCUCUCCACAGAUAAAGUUAUAUUUGGUGAGAGAACGAAUUGGCUUGGUUGGACUGGCUUUUCUUCAUUCCUAAUGCAAGAGCCAUUGAUUGGAAAUCCAGCUGGGCAAUUAUCGGUAACACAACUAUGUGUGUCCCUGAAGAUGUCCUUUCACUAUGGUUGAUGGCACCAUGUCUUCUCUCGUCUACAUUGUUCUCGAGCUGCUGAUUGCGGUGUUGGCCGUAGUGGGCAAUGUUCUAGUAUGCUGGGCUGUCUGCCUCAACACUAACCUCCAGAGCAUCACCAACUUCUUUGUGGUGUCAUUGGCCGUGGCAGACAUUGCGGUCGGACUUCUGGCCAUUCCUUUCGCGGUCACCAUUAGCACGGGCUUCUGUAGUCACUUUCACGGAUGUCUCUUCAUCGCCUGCUUCGUACUAGUCCUCACCCAGAGCUCCAUCUUCAGUUUGCUGGCCAUCGCUGUGGAUCGGUACAUCGCCAUCAAAAUCCCGCUGAGGUACAACAGUCUCGUCACAGGCCGAAGAGCCAAAGGCAUCAUUGCGGUAUGUUGGAUAUUCUCAGGGGUCAUUGGCUUGACACCCAUGCUGGGCUGGAACAGACGUGUCACAGCGGGAACCAACAGCUCCUGUCCUCAAGGCAUGAUGGAGUGCCUGUUUGAGAAGGUAGUCACCAUGGGUUACAUGGUUUACUUCAACUUUUUCGGCUGCGUUUUGACACCGCUGGUAGCUAUGCUGGCGAUCUACGCGCGGAUCUUCAUGGCCGCCCGUCGCCAGCUGAGGCAAAUGGAGAUGAAGUUGGUGCACGGACACGCACAUGGUGAAGGAACUUCCUCCCGAUCUACACUGCAAAGGGAAGUCCAUGCAGCCAAGUCUCUGGCCAUCAUAGUAGGCCUCUUCGCCAUUUGUUGGCUCCCUUUACACAUCAUUAACUGCUUCACACUGUUUUGCCCACAGUGCGACCGUCCCAAGGACUGGAUCAUGUAUCUGGCCAUCAUUCUUUCACAUGCCAAUUCAGUAGUCAACCCAUUCAUAUAUGCCUACCGAAUACAUGACUUCAGGCUCACCUUCCGAAGAAUCAUCCGACAGCACUUUCUGGGCCACGACAAUAGACUGGCCAGUGGCAAUGGUGGCAUGGCUAUCUCUUCUGCUGGUAACAGUGUGAUUGAGACUUAUUGUAGUACUGUGUCCAAUGGCUAUAUGCAGGACACCAGUCCAAUCUGCAGCAUGAUUUCCUGCAAUGAGUUUGGAAUUACAAAGGAAGUACACUCCAAAAUCAGCCAAGUGAGGCCACAAACAGAAUUCCAAGACAUAGAUUACAGUUUGAAUGGACACCCACAUUCCAUUCCUGCAAAUUCAAAGCAGAUUUUCUCAUUUCAGACUGGGAAUGAAAUACUAUCCACCAGGGACCAUGAAGAAAUCAUGAGUGUAAAAGACUGUAGUUCUAUUAGUAAUGUACAUGUCAGAUAUCUGUUGCCCACAAGGACAAGCAACUCGUCCAAUCUUGCAGAAUUAUCAUGACACAAAUUUCUUUCAUGAUGGAACACAGGUAUCCUGCUGAAAAUACACUAAUGGUAUGUUGACACCCUCUUUCUAUUUAACAGAUUUUUCAGCUAUACACAUUACUAAGAGGUACAUGAAAUCAAGCAUACAGCCUUGCAAUCUCUUAGACAAUAAUUUUUAGUAGAAUUGGCAUGACAAUGGCCUCGUGCGUAAAGUAAGGUCCAUAAAAAAUUGUCUCCUGUGGAAGAACUUGACUGACCGACACAAAGCGCAAACAGAGGCUUGUUUCAUUCUUCAAAAAGUAUUCACUGAUUUUCAAAGAAUGUGUUAGUUGACCACAUUUACAGUACUACCAGGGUCAGGAAAGGUAAAACUGCCUGAGGAUCAGUGAUUGAUGAUAUGUGUCCUCAACCAUCCCUUUAGAUGCAAGUUCCGGGAGUUUUUUUUUUUUUUUACUUGUCUUUGCAGUUAAACACCCCUUAUGGUGUGGGGUAUGUUUUUAGAUUUUAUUGAAGAGCAGUGGUUCUCAACUGGUGGGUUGCAGGUCUUUUCUUUCAUGGACAAAAUUUAAAAUACCAAUAAUAAAGUGUCAUUAACCUUAUUCACAGCAGCGCCAUCUUUGAUUUUUGAUGGAAAUGACAACAAGGCUGUGAGGGAUAGACUUACAGUCUCUUCAGUAGGCUGUUCUGCAGUCUAAAGUGUUUUUGGAUCAUUCCGCAGACAAAACAUUUAUAAAAUAUCUGUCCAAGAACAUCCAGUAGACAAAAAACUCCAGACAACAUGAGUUGUGGCAAAUCAGAUGGGAUCUAGGAGCUUUAUACAGCUUUAUACCGUGUGAUUGAUUGAAAAGUUGGUAAGUCUAUCCCUCAUAGCCUCUUCAUUCCCAUUCAAAAUCAAAGAUGGCGCUACUGUGAAUAAGGUCUAUUCAAUUUAAAGCAGUGGUUCUUAGGGGGGGGGCCACUGAGGUAUUGUAAGGGGGGCACAGAAGACUGCCCUGCCCUGUUCUCAAAUCUUUUUCACUUACAUUCAAAUUUGCCUCAAAUUUUAAAUUUUAGGGGUGAAAGUUUUUCUUGUUGUAAGGGGGGCAUGACCCCCAAAAAGUGAGAAACACUGCUUUAAAGAAUUGUGUCCAAUUAAUCGCUACAGUAUUUUGGUGCAAAUUCAUCUGUCAAAUUAGGCAGAAUCCAACAUACACAGGUUGUGUGAAAUGUCUUCAUCCUCACUGAAGAAAACCAUGAACUAACAGGAAAUGUACCAUAGUACAUUAAAGGGGUCAAAUUUUCCUUGAUCGUUUGAUAUAUAAGAUGUAGUUGUACUAUAAAAACACACUAUAAGUUUCAGAACUCAAAACUUUCUCCUCACUGCAAAAUGAGCAUUUGUUGAAUGCAAAAAUGACUCGUUUUCAACUUCCUCCACAUUGUGAUGUUACACUGUGUUAGAUAUUUGCAUCUGACUGCCUCCACAACAACAUAUCAGUGCCUACUUUACCUUAUUAAUUUAGUAGCCCACCUAGUAGCGGUGAGCACUGAGAUGGCAAGGAGAGAGCAGGCCAGUCAAGAGCAGAGAGCCAAUCAUAACAGUGGGCAUUUACUGUCAAGUCUUAAAGGAGAAGCAGCACCAAAACCGAUCAUUUCUGUCAGAGGGUCAUGAUGAGGAUGAAAAAUUAUCAUGUUUUACAAAUAUAUGACUGUUGCUUGUGCAGGAAACUUUACUAAUAUUAUAAGUGAGUCUCAAGGAACAUAUUAAAAUAAUAAAAAAAGGCAUGUCAUGGCCCCUUUAAAUCUGGGUUACUUACUGUGUGUGUUGGGUCACUACUUUAUGUACUAUGUAAAAUCUGGAUCCUGAAGCAAAGCCAGUUGGGAACCACUGUUGUAGAGAAUUUGCAAAGCUAUCAUAUUCCUUAGGAACUUAAAAGUGCAUUGUUCCCUUUCAACAAGGAAGAGGUCUAAUGGAUUAAAUCAAUAUUCUGGGGAAUUCAGUUAAAUCUAUUAUGACCAUGCCAUAACAGACCUAGAUGUGUGGCAUGUUUACAAGAUGUUUCACCUUUCUGUGCAUUGAAGUCCAAGCCUGUGAGAGCCUUUGUUGUGCUUUUAAACUUGUUCUAAACGUAAUUGUACAAUACUGCCUGUAAGCAUGUGUUACUGUUUUUAAAAUGUACAAAAUAAAAACAUGUAAACAGAGUUUGUUUUAAAGAGUAAACAAAAACA